UGUCGAUAUUGCCUGGUGCCUCCAAUCUCAUCGUGAACGGCGGUAAUUUCACAUCCAAUUCCCUCAAUGUGAAGCCUGUUGGUGGGUCGAAAGGUCUGGAUUUGUUGAAAGAGCAGUGCGCCUUCGGUGGUCUCUUGAAUUCACAUGAACGGUUUGAUCCUCCGCGAUGCGACGAAGAUACAAGAGUCGCUAUUAUCGCCCAAAUCAUGGACUGGAUUAGAGAUACUGACGAUGCAGCGUCUAUGGUUAUUCUUCGCGGCUCCGCAGGCGCCGGCAAGUCUGCUCUGGAGCAAUCCAUCGCUGAGAAGUGCUUGAAGGAGGGACUUUUAGCUGCUGCUUUCUUCUUCUCUAGGGCAGCACCCAACCGAAGCAAUGGGAAUGCCCUUAUUCCAACGCUGGCAUAUCAGCUUAUCCACGCCAUUCCAGCAUUGCGUCCUCGAAUUGAAGAGGAAAUCAACAGCGAUUUUGGCUUGUUCGCCCUUACGCGGGAAGCACAACUGGAGCGUCUCUUCAUGAAGCCUUUGCAGCCUCCUCAGCGACCUUCUCUACUCCGGCGCUUAUCCAUGAAAUUAGUCAACAGCCCUUCUCUGCCCCAGGACGACGUUAAAAGCUGGCCCAGACUCAUCGCAAUCGAUGGGCUUGAUGAAUGCGAUGAUCCUAUCGUCCAAUGUGACCUCCUCCGUAUCAUCGCCGAUCUGAUUCCACGUCUUCAGUUCCCCUUUCGGUUUCUUAUUUCAUGCAGGCCCGAAUCACACAUCAUCCAUACUCUCAGGAAUAGUCCAUCUCUCCGAGCAAUACUCUCUCAUCUCGACAAUUCAUAUUCGCCUCGACUGUCAUCAACUAUGUGGGAUCUCCCAAACACAGACCUGAUGAUAGGCUUGACACCGACCUUCGAGGAUGUGGAUACCGCGCUACGCGUUCUUGGCGUGAUCAAGCUCGUUUCUCAGGGACACGUCGACUACAAUCCAAUUUCUGAGCGGCAUUUGAGCGUUGCCUCCCUCGAGAAUAUCUUCAUGCUCCGCCCCGGAGACAUAGAGCUCGUAUUGGACGAGCUGCGCUCUCUCGUCAACAUCCCUUCGCGUGACGAGCCUAUCCGGGUCCUACAUGCGUCCUUGUUCGACUUCCUCGGCAACCCGGCCCGGUCGGGCGCUUAUUUUAUGGACAUCGCACGAGACGCUCGCCAUAUGGCAAUGGAACCAGAUUGAC